AUGCCCAAAGACAAGGUGGAGCAGAGGAUUAAUCUCAAGUUCCUGGCCAAAUUGAAGCACACGGGAAAGGAAAGUUAUGACAUGCUGAAGGAAGUGUACGGAGACGAUUGCAUGUCGCGUUCGCAAGCUUUUGAGUGGCACAAGAGAUUUCGCGAUGGUCAGGAGGAAGUGACGGAUAUCGAGCGUCCUGGCAGGCCAACGACGGUGACGGACGAGGAGAAUGUGGAGAAAGUGAAGCAGAUAAUUCAGGAGAAUCCCAAUUUGAGCAUCCGGGCGAUAGCAAAAAUCCUGGGAAUCACGAAUGGUUCUGUGCAGAGAAUCGUGAGGGAAAAGAUUUAG